AUGGGCGACAUAGCGCGGGCAGCCGAAGGCCUGGACUACAUGAUUCAGAACAAUUUGACCGUUGAAGUGCACCAUUUCAAUUCUGCCAUCAAUGCUUGCAGCAAAGCUGAUCCGCCCAGCAAGUCAGCUGCCACGUUCUUAUUCAAGCAGCUCUGUGACCGAGAUCUGAACACUGUGACGUACACAGCUUUGGUGAGGGCUCAUCGCCUGGCAAAGCUAGAGGAUCUCAGUAGCUUACGAAAACAGAUGCAGAUAAGAGGGGUGCAGACUGACCGUGUGUUUGCCGAGAACUAUGUUCGCUCCCUUUUGCGCGGAAGAAGCAUACCUUAUGCCCCUCCAAGAGUUGUGGCACUGUUGGCGGAGACUAGCGAAGACAGACUCAGGGAAGUUCGUGAGGCUAUUCGAGACUUCAAACGCAUGGAUUGUAUGACAGCACUCUGCAGACCAGUGGAGCGAGCGCUUUCUUGA